UGUUCCUGUUGUUACAUGAUUCAUAUUUACAAAAACUUCACAAACUUUCCGGUGUUUCCAGGUAACUAUCAGCUGAUUGCUUCAUCUGAACCAAUCAUAGCGGCUCCUGGAGAUGAUGUCAUCCUUCCAUGUCAGGUGAAUCCUGACUGGAACGCCAUGGAGAAGACAGUGGAGUGGUCCAGACCGGACCUGAAGGCCUCAGGCCCACAGAAGCGUGUGGAGUACGUGUACGUGCACCGGUUCAGGAAGAUGGACAGAGACAUGAUGAUGGAGACGUACAUCCAGAGGACGUCUCUGUCGGAAGGACUGAGACAUGGAGACGUGUCUCUGAGGAUCCACAACGUGAGCUUGGAGGAUAACGGGAGGUUCAGAUGUUUCAUCCCAAACCUGAGCAUAGAAGCAGAGGUUCUGCUGGUUGUUGACCCGGACUUUGUUCAAACGACGACAGCAGAGACAUUUACUCAGAGAAUCACUCCAGCCUUUCAGAAUGAGACCGUCGGUACCGGUGGUCGAUCCAGGAUGAUGCUUUUCUUUCCCAUUAUUAGUAUAAUUAUAUUCUCUAUAGUUUCGCUGAGUUCAGUUUUUGUCUGCAAAUUGAAAAAGUACAAGAAGUUUCAGAAGAGUCCCCUAAUUCAGGCAUAAACUCAAAAGAUAUUCUGCCUUGAUCAAGGGCAGACCUUCCCUUGAUCAAUAUAGAUGGACGCUCCAUGAAGUCUUCUCUCCUGCAGCUUCCUCAGGAUUCAGAUUCUACCCGGCAGCAGAAUCCUGCAGAUGGACACAGUCCUUGUGAUCAGUCAGAGUCCUAUCGGUGAAACCAGGUGAAUCUGACUCAGCAGCUGGAGGGGUCAAAGGAUGAUGUCAUCAGCUGAUAGAGUGCAGUGUUGAAUUUUACCUCCUUAGAUGAGAGACUCCUUGUUUGACUCUGGACUUUUAAUUGUCUCCUGAAGGUUCUAAAAGUUUUGCUGUCAGACUCUGAAGGAAUCAUCAGAUGUUUUGGAUUUAUGUCCAGGAAAGAGAAAAAUAUGAUGUUUUAGACCUGAAAAGAAACUCAUCUUUUUUGUUUGUUCAAACUUUAAAAUUGAGUUAUAUCGGGGGUUUUCUUCUAUUGUACUAUCAUUAUGUUUUUAUACACAACUGAUCUGUUACGUUUAGAUGUUUAUGCAUUUAGCAGAGGCUUUUAUCUAAAGCCACUUACAAAGUAAACACAAUCUUACAGUUAACACUAUGACAGUAAGUUCUCUAGAGGAAAAUCCCUCGUCAGAAUCACUGGUGACAGCAAAGAGAGGGGAGUGCAGAAGGAGUAGUAGAGGGGUACAGAGCUAUGGCUAAGAGUUAGAAUUGGGGAUGCUCUUUGAAGAAGUGGGUUUUAGGAGUUUCCUGAAGAUAAACAGGGAUGCUGAUGUUCUUGUAGUGCUUGGUAGGUCAUUCCACCAUCACAUGAAAACAGUCUGGAUUGUCUUAAGCGUGGUGUAGACCCUGCUAGACGAAAGUCCAUUGAUGACUGAAGUGACAGAGUUGCAACAUAAGCCUUUGCUAGAGGGUUGACGAAGACAGCAGUAACCAGUGAAGCUGCCAGUGAGUGGUGACGUGAGACUUUUUGGGCUGAUUGAACACCAGACGCGCCGCCUUGUUUAAUUAUACAGGCUGGGAGACCAGUCAGGAUUGGGUUACAAUAGGCAAGGCAGGAGAUAACCAUAGAAUGCACCAGGAGCUGGGUGGGAUGUUGGGUUAGGUUAUGGCCAGAUCUUUCUUAUGUUCAGUGGGGCGAAGGGUCAAGAUCGAGAGACGGAGGUAACAGGAUCUUGGAAUGUCAGCUGGUCAUCAAUUAUGAGAUGAGUCAGAGACAG